GGAAACUCAAAUUACUUAAGCGCAAUCUAUGUAAAUCAGGAGAUGGUUGGAACCUUUCUCUUCCCCGAAUCAGUUUUCUUGUUCUCCAGGACAGUUUAAAAACUUGCACUAAGUAGGCAGAUGAUCGAAUCUAUAGUAGACUAGGUUCAAUUAGAGAGCGAGCGGGAGCUGGGGUCAUUGAAAAUGUCCAAGAAAGAUGCUACUAGGAGAGAACUGUUGGAUCGAUGGAGAGGCAUCGAAGAGGAAGAAGAUGAUGGUGACGGCGACUUUAAUGACCUUAAGCGCCGUCGUCUUCACCAGCUUAAAGAAGAGUGGUUUUCAGAUGCAUUCCGCCUCCUGAUCCACUUGCCAAAAGGGAUACAUAUUUGGUGUGGUUCUUGGGACCUGAUGGGUCCUCUACUGGAGACAUUCUACAAUUACUAUAAAAAUGAGCGUAAGGAUUCUCCUCUAAAGGCUCUCUGGAGUAGAGCUUCAGAAGAGAUGCGCCAUUGUACUCAAUGUAUUUGUCAGUACCAUCAAGCCCAAGAUAUGUAUAGCACAGAGUAUGAGUCAAGUUCGAUAGGUCCUCUUCUUGAUGUAUUGCACACUCUUGAUGAAGAAAGAAUAAGUCAGCACCUACGAGAGAUUAAUGCAAGAAUAGCUUGCGGAGAAUCUGAUUUGGGGAGUGACAAUGGUGACAUUGUGUGUGUCAUGUUUGAGGUUUUGAUGUUUCCCAUCUUGUUAGAUGAUGAUUCUUUAACAAAUGAAUUUCAAAAGUUUAUUGAGGCGAUUGAUGACUCUCAUGAAUUGACCCUGGGUGGCCACCAACAAUAUCCGGUGGUGUUUAUGCUUUACUUUUUUGUAAAAGUCGGAGAUCACGUUCUAUUGGUUUCCGGUUGGCAGGACAAAUGAAUAGAUUGAGGCAAUCAGUUGAGUUGGAUCCUUUACAGCCUUUGUUGAAGCGAUACAUUAAUUUCUUGGAGUCUGAAGAUGCCUCGACUGCUCCUCUGAAUUCUAGGCCUAGGGUCCAUCUGGAACGGCUAACUGUAUGGCUUGGAAUCAAAACACUGCUUGGGUUCUUAGAACCUCCUGCUUUUGAAGAAGGGAUUUUAGAUCGAUAUCCCAUAUUCCUCAGUCUUGUUCUCAACCAUAUUAGUGACGAUUCUCCUGAAUUUUCCUGUGCAGUUAAUUGUUUGAGAUUACUUUUUGAAAUGCUUGGCUAUAAGCUUUGGUUGAGGACAACACUCUCUCCAGGUGUAAUGAGGAAUACAUUACUGGGUCAAUCUUUCCACACUCGAAAUGAGAAGAGCCACAAAGAAAUUUUUGAUCUUUUCCAGCCAUUUCUUCAGUCUCUUGAAGCUUUACAAGAUGGAGAGCAUGAAAAGCAACGGAGACAUUUCCUUUACUUUCUUCUACAUCAGGUGUCUGUGAGCAGCAACUUCAGUAUACUAAUGAGGAAAAAGGCCUGUCAGAUAGCUUUGCUCAUUGUUCACCGAGGUUACAAGAUGAAUCCACCUAGCCCGCCUUAUGAAUGUGCACAUAUGUGGGGACCAUCACUCGUGUCCUUUUUAAAGGAUAUGUCACUGCACAUUUCUCUUCGACAACCUGCCUUUGAUCUUAUACAAACCAUUAUAGUAUCUGAUGCUUCAGCCAUGGCAGCUUCAGUUCUCAACUGUCAGCUGCAGAUAAAAAAUGGAAGAGACAUGCAUGCGAGUUUUGAUGAUGAUGAUGAAGGGCAAUUGUUAGAAUAUGAUAUUGAAGGAAAGGAUGCCAGUUGCUGGAAUGAAUUCUUUUUGCAGGCCAAAAUGACAUCAAGUUUAUAUGGAAGCUGGAUGUGCAUCCCAAUGUUAUGGUUUGAGGUUUUAGUUGAGACUGAUCCUCUAAUUCUUCCAAUAUCAUUUUCCAAGGCAGUCUUUUGGGCCCUAUCUCGCCUUGUAAUGGUAGAACCUGAAAACAACUCAGAUAGGUCACUAUCACUUGGGGAUUGGUUGAAAACCUGUGCUUCAGAAAUCUCUAAUGCUUUUAGUUGGAAAGAACCGUCCGGCUCCAAUGAUGGAGGAAACGGUAUGGUAUCAAAGAAUUCUGUUAAUGUCUCAACACUGUAUAAACCACUACUGAGGACAUUCAAGAGAUUCACUGCCCAUUAUAUUGUUAGAAUGGAGCAGGGAGAGCUAAGGAAGCAGUGGACCUGGGAACCCAUGAUGGGAAACAGCAUAAUACUCAUGCUUGUGGAACCCAAUGAUAAUGCCAGACACGUAGCUAGAUGUAUUCUUGAACAGGUCUCAGAUACACAAGGUCUAACUUGUGGACUCCAGUUUCUCUGCUCUAGCCCAUCUUCACUCUCGGCCAUUUUUAUAGGGUUAAGACAUGCUUUGAAGCUGGUGCAACUGGAGAGCGUCCUGUCUGACUUUCAGUCUUUGCAUCAUUUCUUUUUUGUUCUUUCCAAACUAUUAAAAGAAGGGAAUUCAGCCAAAUUUGUAUCAGAAAUGUGUAAUGUAUCAAACUUCUCUUCCCAAGGGGGAUUUUUAAAGCAGCCAGUUUUUGCUAAACAACCUGGUAAUGUGAUUGAAGAUACAUCAGUUGUUAGCGAUGCUUUAUGGGAGAAGUUCUGUUAUCUACUAUCAGAAAUUGCAUGGCCUGCAAUUGGGAAAUGCUUAGAAGAAGGAAAGGCAAAAUUGGAUCACAAAGUAUCUCAUAUGACCUGCAUCAGAGUGUUAGAGAUUCUUCCAGUUAUUCUUGAAAAGUUUCAUGGAAAUUUGGCCGAUGUUUUCAGCAAUUCUAGCAGUUUAAAAUGGAUCUAUGAUUUGAUCGACUGGGGUAAGUCCCCCCUUCCAGUGGUGGCCAGAUAUUGGAAACAAACUUUUAUUUCAUUGCUGGGACUGUUAAAAGAGUUCUGCAAUGGGAUCUCUGCUUCGGCAGUUGUGGAUAUUGAGAAACUUAUUUCAUGUGAUAGCAUUCCAAUUGAAGGACUUACUGAUCAAGUUGCACGCCUUUCUGUAUCAUUAAUAAAUAACGAUUCCACUUGCAUUAAGAGAACAAGUAUGGGCUUUGACCAAUCUUCAAAAUUGAAACCAACUGUUAGUUGCUCAGCAGCUAGUGCACACACUUCUAUGGGUGCUGAGAAAUUGCAUUUUUCUGAUUCAAAUGUAUGUAUUGGGAAGGAGCGAGGUGAGUUGGUAGAUCUUUGUGAUGAUGAGAAUGAGCCAGGAACUUCUAUGAGCCCUAAAUAUCCUUCUUCCAAAAAAUUGUCAGUAAAUAGUGAUUGCUUGGCUGGAGAUGCACACAUGUCUUAUAUGGAUGUUAAGAAAUUGCAUCACUCAGACUCAGAUGUAAUGGCUGGCAAGGAAGGAGGUAAUGUGAUAGUUCUUUCAGAUGAUGAGAAUCAGUCAGAAACUUCUGUAAGAAAGGUUGUUUCUCAUUUUGGAUCAAAUCAAACUUCGCUUGCUGACAAAGCUGGAAAAGAGUUGCAUUCUGAUAGUGUAAGGACAACCAAUUCUACAAACGAUAAUGUUAUAAAUCCUGUAGUAGUUUCUAAUAAUGUGCUUGAUUCAAACAUGAUGGAAGGCAGGACAACUGCUCCCAUCAAGUCAAAGGUUAUUCAAGAAAAGAGAAAUGCUGUUGAUUCAAAUAUCAAUUCAAAAGAAAAUGUUACAUUGAUGACCCAUCACAGUUUUCGGAAAGAUUCGUCUAAUGAAAGAAUGGUUCUCAAAACCAAGGAUCAGAGAGGAAAUAACAAGGCCAUAGAACCAGGUGUUAAAGUUCUACAAGAGCUUGUACAUGAUAGUGGAAAUGAUUUUGAGUUUGCUUAUCCCAAACCUACUAGGGGCCGACAGACAUUAACAACAAACACAUGUAUUUCUGGUCCUAAACGGCAAGUCAUUCAGCUCAAUUUUCCUGUGAAAAACAAAGACAGUUUAUCGAAAGCAGAUAGUGGAGUGAAAAGGUUUACAUCUGCAAGGCUUGAUGACUGGUUUAAACUUAUUUUGGAGUUGAAUUUUUUUGAAACAGUAGGGUUAUCAGUGACAAGUAACAAGGACAACCAAAGUUUAAGCAAUCUAAAGCAGGUACCUGUUUGCUUUGGAUCAGCUCAAGAAUACAUUGAUAUUUUUCGGCCAUUAUUGGUUGAGGAAUUUAAAGCACAAUUGCUUAGUUCAUUUCAAGAGGCAAGUUCAGUUGAAGAGAUGUUUUGUGGAAGUUUGUCUAUAAUGUCUGUCGAGAGAAUUGAUGAUUUUCAUAUGAUCCGCUGUGUCCAUGAGGAUUUUGGUAAUAAUGGAUCUAGAAGCUGCUCAGAAAAUGACCUUAUUUUGCUUACAAGGCAACCACUGCAAGAUUCUCCUCCUGAUGCUCAUAUGGUUGGCAAGGUGGAGAGGUCUGAAAGGGAUAAUAAAAAAGGAUCAAGUAUAGUUGUUGUCAGGUUGUAUCUUCAAAACAAAGCUUCUCAUAUCAACAAGGCAAGAAAGCUUCUAUUCGAACGCAGCAAAUGGUGCAUCAGUCGCUUGAUGAGUAUUACACCUCAACUAAGAGAGUUUCAAGCAUUGUCAUCAAUAAAAGAGAUCCCUCUGCAAGCUGUUAUCUUGAACCCCACCAGUCAUGGGCACAGUCAAAAGUGCAGUAAUAAUUUAAGUAAACUGACACAAAAAUUAUGUCAAGUCCUUAAAACGGAAUACAAUGAGAGUCAACUGGAAGCCAUCAAUUCUGCCGUUGGGCCUUUUGACCCAAAAAAGGAUUUUGAGUUGUCUCUCAUACAGGGCCCUCCUGGUACUGGGAAGACCAAAACUAUUCUGGCCAUUGUCAGUGGUUUGCUCUCCUUUUGUAAGAUGAAAGGAAACACAACACCUACAAGUGCUGUGCCGAAGGCCGCUAGUCUGUUUGGUGGCUCUUCAAGACCACAAGUUAGUAUUGCUGUUGCAACUGCAAGGGCAUGGCAGAAUGCUGCCCUUGCUAGACAAAUGCAAGACGAUGUAGAUAAGACCAAGAAUAACAUGGGAAGCUGCAGUAGAGGGCGGAUCCUCAUAUGUGCACAAUCUAAUGCUGCAGUUGAUGAGUUAGUUUCAAGGAUAACCAGGGAAGGCAUUCGUGAUAGGGAUGGAACUAUGUACAAACCAUAUCUGGUCAGGGUUGGUAAUGCAAGGACGAUUAAUCAAAAUUCCAUACCCUUCUUUAUUGACACCCUGGUCGAUAACCGCAUGGCUGAUGAGAAAAUGAAUAUGAAUGAUGCAAGGAACAAUGAUACAAGUAAAGAUAGAGUGUCAUUUCUUCGUUCUAGCCUAGAGAAGUUAGCUGAAACCAUCAGAUCCUAUGAAGCUAAGCGUGCUAACUUAGGACAUGGAAAUUCUGAUUCAAAAUCUCUGUUUGAAGUUGAGGCAUGUAAUGCAGAUGCUAUAAAGGAAUUAUCUGAUGCUGAGCUUGAAGCAAAGCUGAGGGUUUUAUAUCAAAAAAAGAAAGAAAUGAAUACAGAUCUUGCCACAAUUUUGGCACGGGAGAGGAAAGCUAACGAAGAGUUUAAAGCUCUUAGGCAUAAACUGAGGAAAGCUAUCUUGAAGGAAGCAGAGAUUAUAGUCACUACUUUGAGUGGAUGUGGUGGUGAUUUAUAUGGGGUGUGUUCAGAAUCUGUGUCUGGUCAAAGAUUUAGAGGCUCAUCGGAGAACGUUCUGUUUGAUGCAGUUGUUGUGGAUGAAGCUGCCCAGGCACUGGAACCCGCAGCACUGAUUCCACUUCAGCUCUUAAAGUCAAAAGGAACCAGAUGUGUUAUGGUUGGUGAUCCUAAGCAGCUUCCUGGAACAGUUCUUUCCACUGUUGCUACAAAAUAUUUCUUCCAGUGUAGCAUGUUUGAGCGCUUACAGAGGGCUGGACAUCCCGUGGUUAUGCUCACCAAGCAGUAUAGGAUGCAUCCGGAGAUAUGCCAUUUUCCGUCUUUGCACUUCUAUAGUGGAAAGUUGAUAAAUGGAAAUUCGAUGUCCACAAAAUCUGCACCCUUUCAUGAAACAAGUGUUCUUGGGCCAUACAUAUUCUUUGAUGUUGUUGAUGGCAAUGAGCUCCACGGAAAGAAUUCUGGUGCCAUGUCUCUGUAUAAUGAGUGUGAGGCCAAUGCUGCAGUUGAACUGUUACAGUUUUUCAAGAGGAGGUAUGCAACUGAGUUUGUUGGCGGAAGAAUUGGCGUCAUAACACCUUAUAAGUCCCAGCUCUCUCUCUUGCGGUCACGGUUUUCCAACGCAUUUGGAACUUCUGUCACAGCAGAAAUGGAAUUUAACACGGUGGAUGGUUUUCAAGGACGAGAAGUUGAUAUACUUAUAUUUUCAACAGUUAGGGCAGCCAAAGCACGCCCCACUGAUCAGGCUUACUCUUCCAAUAUUGGAUUUGUUGCUGAUGUGAGACGGAUGAAUGUUGCUUUAACAAGGGCAAAACUGUCUUUAUGGAUCUUAGGUAAUGCAACUACAUUGCAGACAAACCGAAGCUGGGAUGCUCUAAUAAAAGAUGCAAAAGAAAGAAAUUUGGUCAUAUCAGCCAGAAAGCCAUACAGUUCUGUUUUCAAGUCAGCUCUAAAAGAAAACCGAGCAUCAGAAACUCAAAAACAUCCUAAAAAGGUAGAAAAAAUGAAUGAAUGUACUCAGCGAUCAGAGAAACUAAACAGUAGGUUUGAAAGGAAAAGAAGGCACACUGAAGCAGUUGAGGAUAGUGAUGUAAGAGCUUGCAAGCCUGCAGUUUCCAAAGUUGGAGAAGAUCGAAGGCAUGAGUCUCACAGUAAAAACAAUGAGAGAUCUAGCAAGCAAAUACGCGAUAAACAUGAUCGUGAGUCACUUAAGAAGGACCUAGUAGUGUCCACCGCAGUUGAAAAUACUGAUGGAAGAAAUAGCAAGUAUGCAGUUAGGAGAAAUGAAGUCGAUGCUAGUGGAAUAUGGGGGAAGAAGAAGACUUAUGACACGCAGAUUAAUGAGGCAAAAGUUGAUAGAAGCCUGAAAGAGAGGGACAUCAGGAGCAGUUCUUUGGAGGAUUUGGAAAUAGUAAGGGGUAAAGAGCCUUUGGACAGUGGAAGCUUUACGCGAUCAGAUACAAAAGAUGGCAAAGAAGUUAGGGCUCAAGCUGAUAAAACCACAGUUUCAGAAAGGAAACAAAAACGGGAUGCUGUGGAGGCACUUCUUUCUUCUUCACUUGAAUCUUCUAACAAACCUAAAUUUCCUGUCAAGCCAGUGCCUGCAAAAAGUAAUUCUGCAGCAAAAACUGAACACCCUGAAACCAGACCACCAAAGACAAGAAAAGUGUAGGCAAGCCAUCAUCGGGAAUCAAUACAGUAACCUGUCAAAGAACAGUCUUCUUGAGUUGCCCCCUUGAAUCAAAAGAUACGCCAUCCCUCUUGAGAGUACAAGUUUUGUUGCUGCCACACACGACAUUUCUUUCUUAAAGAAAGAGAAGAAAAGAAAGGCCUGGCUGAAAUUUGUAACUAGCUGGGGAAGUGUGUGGCACCCGCCCCUGGCCCAAAAAAAUCAGAAAUAGUUUGUAUUACCAAACAGGAAAUUGAUUCCAAUUCAUUUUUGCACCCAUAAUGAUUACCGUUUUUCAAAAAUUGAAGUGUAAAAUGAGUCAACCAGUGCCCUGUCUUAAAUAUAAUGAAGCUUUCUGAAGUAAAAAACUGUCAUGAUAAACAAUGUAUGCUAAAGCACACAGAGCAAUCGGAUAGAUAUAUGGUUCUCAUGUUCUCCAAUUAUGUUUUUAAUUUUAUUUAGGAGUAUUAUAUGAUGGAUCGGUAUGUUAUUGCGUAUGUCUUCUUUAACCUGCGCAUGGAUCCUUUCUAGGUCUGUUUUGUGAGAAUCAGAUUUGUGUCGAGAGACAAAUAAGGUAUUUGAGGAGCUAUAAUGAAUACCCAAUGGGUGAUUCAAUUUAUAGCCACGAAUUUUCUUGAUACAGUCACAUUAUUUAAAUAUAAUUGAUGUAAUAUUUCAU